GCUAGCAUCUGUAAACUUACAUCAUCAGAACAGAAAGGAAGGGCAAGCAUGUGCAGCUUUCUCAGUCCUAAACAGCAUCCAGCUGGCCCAGGCCUUACUGACUUGCAGCAGUACAGCCAAUGGCUGGCAAGCCGUCAUGAAGCUAGCCUGCUGCCUAUGAAAGAAGACCUGGCUCUCUGGCUCACCAGCAUGCUAGGUGUUGAAAUCACAGCAGAAAGUUUCAUGGACAGGUUAGAUAACGGCUUCCUGUUGUGUCAGCUGGCUGAGACUCUGCAGGAAAAAUUUAGGCAGAACAGUGGGGAACUAUCGCCACCGUGCAAGCAAAUCCCCAGUCGGAGGAUCCCAUGUAGGGCUAGUGCCCCUUCUGGCUCAUUUUUUGCCAGAGACAACACAGCCAACUUCCUAUCAUGGUGUCGUGAGGUGGGUGUUGGAGAGACAUGCUUGUUCGAGUCUGAGGGACUGGUGUUGCACAAACAGCCACGUGAGGUCUGCCUGUGCCUUCUGGAGCUGGGGAGGAUAGCAGCUAGGUACAAGGUAGAACCACCGGGUUUGAUUAAGCUGGAGAAAGAGAUUGAGCAGGAGGAGAAAGCCCCUGAGCCCCCACCAUCCCCCGUCUCUCCCACUCAGGGCUCUUCAUCUACCAAAUGCUCCUCCUGCAAAAAAAGCACUGGCAAGCUCCUGGAUGAUGCCGUAAGGCACAUUUCUGAAGAUCCUCCGUGUAAGUGCCCCAAUAAGUUCUGUGUGGAGCGUCAGUCACAGGGCCGCUAUCGAGUUGGGGAGAAGAUACUUUUUAUUCGGAUGCUGCACAAUAAACAUGUGAUGGUUCGGGUCGGUGGGGGCUGGGAGACCUUCGAAAGUUACCUGCUAAAACACGACCCCUGUCGUAUGCUUCAGAUUUCUCGAGUGGAGGGGAAAAUGUCACCCAUCUCCCUCAAGUCUCCUACCAUCAAGGAUUUAACGCCUGAUAGCUACCUGGUGGUGGCAGCCCACUACAGAAGCAAGAAGUGAUAAAUGAGGAAUACAAGGGCAAGAAUGAGCCAUGAGGU